AUGUCUUCAUCAAACGACUUCAACCCAGACAGUAACCGGAGGGCACACAAAGGACCUUAUACCUCGCGACAUCCGAUUCCUACCAUCCAAAGAUAUAGAGAGCACCGAGGCGGGUUGAAGGACCAGCAACAGCAGGCCGAAGAUGCACAGCACGACGCGGAUGACGACGGCGGCACGGUGAAAAGAGCAUUCCAUGCUGUAAAAGGUGUACUGAAGGGCGAAGACGGUUCCAAGCCAGCGCAUGACCCGUACAAGACAGAGAACAGAAACGUGGAGCGUCCGGGACAGUCGCAACCUGAUGCCCAGCAGCAGUCAGACACGGAUGGCCAGGAUGGACAGACGCAGGCGUCUUCCUCUGACGAGAAGGAUGACCAGGUCGAUGAGCAGGGCCAGUCGGCCACCGAGGCCGUCGCAGCGGAAACAGAUCCCCGGCAGAAGAGGAAGGCCAUGAAACACAAGAAGCGCAACGCUGGUGGUAGGGAAGUCACCGAUCCUGUGACCCAUCUCCCCAUCAUCAUCAGAGACUCAACCCGCAAGGACCUCAAGGCCGCGCCGGAGAACAUCUCUACCUCGGGAAGCGAGCCCAGCACCAUGACAGGAGUUAGUGGUGCGAGAAAGUCAAAGUCCGACAUUGUUUCGGAGCAAGACUACUUGCAAAAGAGUCAUGAUGGGAUGCAGAAAUUGUUCCCACCCCCGAUGUUUGGAGAGGUGAGAGCUGAGAUGACUAGGACAUAUCAAUUUGCCUUGACGGUUGGGCUGGGAAGUGUUGUGCUGUCGGUGUCAUUAUCAAUCGCUGUCUCUCGACUCCUUGAUCUGAACUCUGACUCUCCCCGAUUGCACAAGCCUGGUCACUCUAAUUGGUUAUCUUUCGUCUCCGUGGUCGCCAUCUCCACUAUCCCCGCGGCCAUUGGAUUCGCAGCCAUCUUUGCAAUGCGUGGCUGGCUAGGGAAGAAGGUGGAGGCGAUCUGGAGCGAUGAAGUGUGGGAUGCGGCUCGCAAACAGCAACUCGAAGCGCCCGACUCAGAGGACAUUAUCCCCGAGUCCGUGACUUGGUUGAAUAAGCUCCUGGCCGCAGUUUGGCCACUUAUCAACCCGGACCUGUUCACCUCCGUCGCCGAUAUGUUGGAGGAUGUCAUGCAAGCUUCCCUGCCUAAAGUCAUCCGCAUGGUCAGCGUCGAUGACCUCGGUCAGGGAAGCGAGGCUUUCCGAAUCCUGGGCGUGAAUUGGCUGCCGACAGGUGCUGCUAGUCGAAGUGUAGGCGCAGGCGGCAAGCUUAAGCCAGCCGAAGAUGAGGAAAAGAGUGACCGAGCCUCUCCUGGCCAAGGACAGAUCGAAGACGAUGACAUCGAGGGUAAGAAAAGCGACGACGGGGAGUCCGACGACAAGGGCCCUGGCCGGAAAGAAGACGAACAAGAACAGCAAGCCAUUCGUGAAGGUAUGGAGGCUGAACAAGGUGACUUUGUCAAUCUGGAAUUGGCCUUCGCCUAUCGAGCUCGAUCCUCCGGAAAAUCGCUACAAGCCAAGGCCAAAAAUCCUCAUCUCUACCUCAAAUUCUACCUUCCAGGAGGUAUUGCGGUUCCUGUUUGGGUAGAGUUACGAGGCCUCAUCGGCACGUUGAGGUUGAGACUACAACUGACGCCGGAUCCCCCGUUCUUCAGUCUCUGUACAUUGACAUUCAUGGGACAACCGCAGGCCGAUAUGUCCUGUAUACCUGUGUCUAGACACGCCCUCAAUCUGAUGGAUGUGCCUUUGAUAUCGUCGUUUGUCCAAUCUGCAAUCGACGCCGCUCUGGCGGAGUAUGUUGCACCCAAGAGUCUGACGUUAGAUCUUAAAGACAUGCUUGUUGGGGAUGAUUUCAAGAAAGACACAACUGCCAGGGGCGUGGUGAUGAUCUAUAUCAAGUCUGCCCAAGGCUUUAAAGAAGGUGACGGUAGGAUUGGUCCAUUUGGCGGCUCGAGCGAUGGUUACAUGACUGUCUCAUGGGGUAAGUUUGGAAAGCCUGUGGCGUCUACAAGAGUCAUCGUCGAUGACCAGGCCCCAGCUUGGCAUGAGUGGGCGUCUAUUUUGGUCACGCCUGAAGAGGUGAACGCAGAUGAGAAACUCCGACUCCAAAUCUGGGACUCGGACAAAUACACGGCGGAUGACGACCUUGGACGGGUCGAAGUCGACCUGCACAACCUCAUGCACAGUCCGAAAACCAAGAAUAAAAUGUGCGAUCGGGAGGACCGUUUUAGAGGCGAAGACCCAGACGAAGAUAUGCCCGGCACGGUGCAAUGGCGAGUUGGAUAUUUUGCUAAGACGGAGAUAACAGAAGAACAACUUGCCGAGCAGACGCAAGAUCCAAAUAUCCGGUCCAUUGAAGAUCUUCGUGCGAAGGUGACCGAGUCGGCAAAGAGCAAGCUGCGGGAAGCCACUGCUCACAAUGAAAGCAAGGAGAUCAAGCAUCAACAACAAGAAGACUACAAGGAACGGGAAGACGCGCUGAUCAUUUCCAGCCCUCCUCCAACAGACUAUCCCAGUGGAAUCUUCAGCAUUCAAAUUCACAAUAUUACGGGCUUGGAAGUGGAGAGUUUACAGAAGAGAGACUCGAAACAUAAAGACGGUGACCGGGAGGACGAGGCCGAGCAGAAUGAUGACCUACCAAGUAGUUACGCCACCAUCAUCCUCAACCAUCAGAAGGUAUAUCGCACCCGGACAAAGCCGAAGAACUCGAAACCGUUCUUCAACGCUGGCACGGAGCGGUUCAUUGGAGACUGGAAGACGGCUGAGAUCAUGGUCUCUGUGCGUGAUGAUCGCGAAAGGGAAGACGACCCUUUGCUCGGAAUCGUCUACUUGCCUCUCCGCCGGGUUUUUGAGAAAUCUAGUCAGGUCAUGGAGACCUAUCCACUGGUAGGUGGGAUAGGAUAUGGCAGGGUGAGGAUUAGCAUGGUAUGGCGCAGCGUGCAGCUAAAGCUGCCCACAGAGUUGCUGGGUUGGAACUACGGCACGCUGGAGAUCAAGUGUCCUGUCAAGCUGAAGUCCAGUGGUGACAAUGGCAGCUCGUUCACUCAACAUCGCAUGAAGUUAAGGACCAACCUCAUGAGAGCGAAGAUGUCGCCGACCGGGGAUGGCAAAGUCGAAUGGAGACCGAAGCACGAGAGAGAGUGCGUUUUCCUGGCUGUCCGCAAACGCUAUUCCAGUCCGUUGAUAGUGGAGUUCCGCAAGUCGGUCUUCGGUCCAGACUCGACGCCCGCGUUGGGUGUCUUCUGGCUCAGAGAUAUCCCGGACGACGAAGAGAGGACCAUUUCAAUCCCAGUGUGGAAAGGCGGCAAGCAAAACGCACACCGCAUGACGACGAGCUACGGGUACAACGGCAUGGAAGAAGGCGAACAGCCGCUGGGUGAAAUUGAACUCACGCUCAAAUUCUGGCGCGGCUUGAGCGGUUAUCACAAGAGUUUUGCAAGUAAAGGCAAGCACAGCGAAUUGAAAAAUGUCAUGGAGGUUUUGGACACCGCCAACGACGAGGGCCAAGUGGACGAAGAAGAAGACGAAGAAGACGAUUAUGCGGGCGACCGGUCCAGCACAGAUUCAGACUCCGGAUCGGAUUCGGAUUCGAACUCGGAUUCAGGGGCAGGCACACCUUCGUCAUCAAGAUCAGAAGCCGGAGUGCCCUCGGCUGCGAAGGAGAGAAAGGGGAAGAAGAGAAGUCGCCGCCACAAGAAACUGCGCACCCACGUCAACGACGACUCGUCCAAUUCGGACAGCGACAUGGGCGAGACGUCGUCACCGACAUCGAAGCUCGACCCCACCCAGCUGGCCCAGAAGCCCCUCACCAAGGUCAAAGACAUCGCCGCAGCCAUGCUGGAUGUCGAUGGCCAUAACGACCCAGACAACGGCUCGCGCGGGCUCAGAGCCCAGGUUAGAGACUACAAGGACCACCGUCGCCAGCUGCAUCGCAAACACCGCGGUGUCAUGCAGUGGAAAGGGGUCAGGACGAUGGAUUGGAUGGCUGGCAAAGUCAAGCGUGGCAAAGGUCGGAUCGGGCAGGUUUUUGAGCAUAACGAAGACAAGAAGAGCGGAGGAGUCGAGACUGAAGUGUAA